UUUUCGUCCACUUUCCUUGAAAACAAAAAGACACUUGGAGGAUUUUCUUCCUUUUUUCCACCUUUUCAAGUGAUCCUGGUGGUCUUGUAUAGGAUGUGAUAUACGAAUAUUUGCGUUUGCCAACGCACGAGGCUCCCCUCUCAAGGCAUUCCGUAGGACAUAAUCACAUUUCAAGGAAAUAAGCAUCUUGAAAUCCGCACUGGGCUGUGAGUAGAAAUCUAAUCAGAUCGGGUGCGUAAAGGAGGAAGAAAAGUUCCGUUUUAAACCACGACUGUGGAAUAAGAACAUCAGCUGUCUGCGUUUAUGGUCUGUUGAAGAUUGGGAUGAAGAAGGAAAUGCAGGGAAUGGUCCAUCUCAGGGAUAAACCCCAUCUAGAUGCGUAUUGGCUAAAUGUGAAACCCCAGAUCUGUGUUGUUGAACGCCAAGAAUGACACGCAAAACCAGGGAGACGACGAAUUAAUUGAUUUAUAAGCAGGAAAAAGACUUGGUAUAGCUACACCGGAAUUUGAUGAUGCGGGGCAAGAAAGCAUCGAGAUAUCUGUUCUAGAGCCACUCGUCCAUAUGAUGGCAUUGACGGGAAGACCGAGUGGAUAUACAGGAGCGAAUUUCUUCUCAUAGAAGCUAGUGAAUGCAAAACUGCUCUUGGAUAGCUUGCAGAGUACACGCUGAAGAACAUUUCAUUCGCAUCGCGCUUCAUUGCUUGAGAAUUGCGGAUGGAUUUUCGUGCUCUGGAAGCGAACGGAACGUCUGCGAUUUGAACCUCACAGAUUGAGAAAGGCGAAGCCAGCUAGAGAAACCAAGCGUGAAGAUGUCCAGAAACUGCUGGCACUGUGGAAGACUUGGCAGUUCGGCCUGAUAAAACCCUUCCCAAAGAGUGGAGAACCUGUCAGCGAAUUAUGAAUGAUAAACAAGAUGACCUCCUCCCUGAUGCAGCAGACGAUGAGAGGUCUUAGGUGGAACCGGGCCCUGUCCGACCCAUUGUUUGUGCUGUCGCUGGCCCUGCAGCUUCUGGUGGUGGCUGGCCUGGUGCGAGCGCAGACCUGCCCCUCCGUCUGCUCUUGUAGCAACCAGUUCAGCAAGGUCAUCUGUACGCGACGUGGCCUUCGAGAUGUACCCGAUGGUAUUUCCACCAACACAAGGUACCUGAACCUUCAGGAGAACCUCAUUCAGGUGAUCAAGGUUGACAGCUUCAAGCAUCUAAGGCACCUGGAGAUCCUGCAGCUCAGCAAGAACCACAUCCGCAACAUUGAAAUCGGCGCUUUCAAUGGGCUGGCUAACCUCAACACUCUGGAGCUCUUCGAUAAUCGUCUAACCACAAUCCCCAAUGGGGCUUUUGAGUACCUGUCCAAACUUAAAGAGCUUUGGUUGAGGAAUAACCCUAUCGAGAGUAUACCCUCUUAUGCCUUCAACCGUGUACCAUCGCUGCGAAGGCUGGACUUGGGCGAGCUGAAAAGGCUCUCAUAUAUCUCAGAAGGUGCCUUUGAAGGCCUCAGCAACUUGCGGUACCUGAACCUGGGCAUGUGCAACUUAAAGGAGAUCCCCAACCUCAUUCCUCUUGUCCGUUUGGAUGAGUUGGAGAUGUCAGGAAACCAGCUCUCUAUAAUAAGGCCAGGGUCUUUCAAAGGCCUCGUCCACUUACAGAAACUGUGGAUGAUGCAUGCGCAGAUCCAGACGAUUGAGAGAAAUGCCUUUGAUGAUCUUCAGUCCCUCGUGGAGCUCAAUUUGGCCCACAAUAACCUUACCCUCCUGCCUCAUGACCUCUUCACCCCACUACACCACUUGGAGAGAGUACACUUGCACCACAACCCCUGGAACUGCAACUGUGACAUCCUUUGGCUCAGUUGGUGGCUAAAGGAAAUGGUGCCGGCCAAUACCAGUUGCUGUGCCCGCUGCGCGUCACCUGCCAGCCACAAAGGGCGCUACAUCGGCGAACUCGACCAGAACUAUUUCCAUUGUUAUGCACCGGUGAUCGUGGAGCCACCAGUGGACCUGAACGUGACUGAGGGCAUGGCAGCAGAACUGAAAUGUCGAGCGAAUUCUUUGACCUCAGUCAGCUGGAUCACGCCCAAUGGGUCCAUCAUGACGCACGGGGCGUACAAGGUGCGCAUUUCCGUGCUCAACGAUGGGACGCUAAACUUUACCAAUGUCACAAUGCAGGACACGGGAACAUACACUUGUAUGGUGAGCAACGCCGCAGGCAACACGACAGCCUCGGCUACGCUCAAUGUGUCCUCGACAGAGAACAGCAGCUUCAGUUAUUUCACUACAGUUACCGUCGAGACCACAGAAGCGGCACAUGAUGUGGGCCACCCAACGGUUCAGCAGAAGGGUGGCCCUACUCCUUCUUCUGGGAUUUGGGAGACCUUACCACCUUCCUUUACCACCACGACCACGACAGCACGGACACCACUGUCCACCAAGGCCACCGACAAGACCUACACCAUCCCAGUCACAGCCCUGAUUGAUGGCUCCCUCAACACCUUGGAUGAGGUCAUGAAGACCACAAAGAUCAUCAUUGGUUGCUUUGUGGCCAUCACCCUGAUGGCGGCCGUCAUGCUGAUCAUAUUUUAUAAAAUGCGCAAACAGCAUCACCAGCACAACCAUCACGCACCGACGCGAACCAUCGAGAUCAUCAACGUGGACGAGGAUUGUGUAACGGGUGGACCUACCAUGGAGGGCCACCUCGCCCUCCCCCCACUGGAGCAUGAGCACCUGAAUCAUUACAACGCCUACAAGACUGCGUACAACCAUGCCUCCACCAUCAAUUCUAUACACAGCUCUGCCCACGAACCUUUGCUAAUUCGGGCCAGCUCAAAAGACAAUGUACAAGAAACCCAGAUUUGAACUGCUUUUCAUAAUGUGGAUUAAACAAAGAAAAAAAGACUUCUAAAACUCUUAAGGAACAGUAAGUGACAUAUCGAUUUUGAAGAUUGUCGAAAAACAAAGACACAGUAGACCGAUGCAAGACGUACGAGAAGGAUGUUGACAGGUAGAAAAGGACAUUGGGAGUUGAGUGUACAUCAACCGUUUCAAAAGUGUCUUUACAUAACAGAAGUUAUUUAUUUAAGGAAAAUAACUAUUGUGGUUUAAUCAAGAAAAGAUGUAAUCUGCAAUUAUUUUUCCAGCAAUUAUUUCUCCAUGUUUUUUUAUGUUAUUUUAAGGGUUGUUGGUUUACUAAUAUGCUUUUAAACUCUGUUUAAAUCUAGUGUUCUGUACGUGAGGACCCAAGUCAUUUGCAGAUGAAUCUGAAACUUUCCAUCUUUCUGAAAUCUCAAGAUUCACAUUUAAUGUCAAUACGUUUAAAAUCUUAGGUUACAGAUUGUCAUAUUAGAAAACUUCCACACCAUAAUUGUUUAAAUUGAUCAUGUUAAUUCUAAAGGAUUCAUUUAUUGACGUCCCCUUAAUUUGUGAUUUUUGGCUGUCACGUUAUUCAGUUGUCCUUGAUGAAAAAGAGGCUCUUUAAACUAUAUUGGUCCGUCUGUUAGCUGGUUUUAGAGGUGUUUUGGGCACUUUUCAACUGGACAGACUGGAAGACAAGCUUUUAAACAGCUAAUUUUUCAACAGGGAUGGCUGCUACACAUUACGUGCAGAUGUAUGCCUGGCUUCUCCACUCUAAAAUUUAGAACAAGGAGCCCUGGAAACGUGUCCCAAUUAAAACCGGGCCAAAUGUCAGGAACACAUAUCUAUUUGAUGCAAGCAGGCAAUUUCAAAUAAUUUCUGUGCUCGGGCCAGAAGAUUUAUGGAUUAAGUUAGCAUUUGGAGGCAUCCCAUAUGACCUUAAAUACAUGUUAAGGCAUCACAUGCUUAAAAUAAGCUUUAUUUAAGUCCUUAAACUGUUUUCUGCCUUUUCUUUCUCAUUGCGUACAACAACUUGGGUCCCUGUGGCAGUUCAUCCUUGACACCCAACUAAAGUUUCCCAAUACUCAGAUGCAGCACACACAUUCUAUGCCUAAUUCUAUAUGGGCAGGGGGUUGAAGAUUGUAGGCCUUUAUUAGAAGUGGAAAAGCAUAAAGCUGGUACUGACGUAGCACCAUUUCCAUUUCAAUCCACUUGUCUUGGUGCUCUCCAUGGAUACAGUUGAAUGAAAUCAUUCUGGAAUGGUCUAAAAGCCAGACACAGAACUCUAAAUAAGUGGGCAAAGUCAGUGCGGCUCAGAUCUAAGGCUUCCAAAGAUGCCUCAGGUGUGUCUUUAUAGAUCAUGCGAACCGAUUGUGUUUUUUCCCUCUCACUAGUUCUUUUUUCUUGAAUUCUUUCAUAUUCUAUCUUCCAUCAUUCUGCACUGUCAAUCUUUUCAGGCAGUUAUGCAAUUAUUUUUAAACUUUUAAAUCCUAUUCAGUCACUUUAGUUUAUUUUCGGUACAGACUGAGGAUGAUACAUCCAUCUUCGUCUUUACACACACAGUAGCCUUUGGCUGCAGGGGGAAUGACUUGACAUUAUGAAUUAAUUUAUGAAAUCAGAAUGGCCUGAGACGGUCACUAUAGAAACCAAUGACCUUGGAUGGGGUGGGGACUAGCCGACAGACAUUGGCUUGACACUUUAAAUGUAUUCAGAGUCAAAUGGGAGAGCAAGGCUGGGUGAAAGAGCCAAAGUGGACUCAUUUAAAGUGCAUCAUUUAAUCUAUAAAGCAAUCUAGAAGUCUAUAGGUAAUUUUAAUUAACCCAAUAAACCUGUGACAUUCUAUUCAAAUCCGUAGCGUUUCGUUUUUGGCCAUUCAUAAUUCAUGCAAAGCGCACAGGGGACUGACAAGGUGAUUUUUCUCUUGCGUUUCUGGUCUUAAUACAGAUGCCGAAUGAUACCAUGUGGCAUUCGAUGAACUUUUCCGUAUUAUAUUUUGAUCACACAGCAGAUGCACUCUGAUUUUAAAAGAUCUAAUGCAAUUAUGCUUGUCAACUUUGCUAUUUCAGAUCAUUACGAAAAAGUUUUUGAGCGUACCUCCUGCCCACUAGAAGCAAAGGCCAUCUGGUACGUUUUCUAAUCAAGAUAUCAAAGCGUGCAAAAAAAGACUGUUCUUCAUCUGAAUAUGCUGCUCUUUCGAAUCUUAAUUAAUUUUCUUGUCUUUCUGAAUUUAGUUUGCGUUGUCACUGAAAUUGAUGUCAAUCUGAACAUAAAGCGAAAAAAAAUCCUUAUCAUCAAUGGAGUUUAGCACAAAAGUAAACCAAGUCA